AUGCCACCGCUACCUUCUCGGCCUCGGAUUCCUCACAUUCCAACCACUUGUUCUUCAUGUAACACUCCUCUUGAAUUUCCAGCUCCAUCUCCCCAACCAGCAAAUGGUGGCCUUAUUCAAGUUCAAUGUUUCGCUUGUACUGCAACAUUUAAUCAUGCCUUCUAUGCGUCACAAGUGCCUCAGACGACUACUCAUGCGAAUACUUCAUCCGGCUCUUCCGCCAGUAAUUCCGUACCUCCUCGGAAAGGAAGGAAAAUAGGCACACAAGAAAGACCUCUCGAAACCGGGUACUAUGAUAUCCUCGGAGUAUCUGUCGAUGCCACAACGGACGAAAUCAAGAAGGCAUAUCGUCGGUUAGCGAUAAAGCAUCAUCCUGACAAGAAUCCUGACGAUCCACAAGCGGAAGAGCGUUUCAAAUCCAUUGCAAUUGCUUACCAGACUUUGUCUGAUCCCAAGCUCCGUCACAAGUACAAUGAAUUUGGCCCGAAAGAAUCUGCGCCGGAAGGUGGUUACGUCGAUCCGGAAGAAGUGUUCUCUGCAAUCUUCGGUGGAGAGCGCUUUGUCCCCAUUAUUGGACAGAUCAGCUUGGCUAGAGACAUGAAAGCCGCCUUGCAAGAGGCGGAGGAAGCGGAAAAUGAUGGUGAAGGAAAACGUCUCAAGGACUCCAAGGGUCGGGAUAUUCUCAGUGAGGAAGAAAAGGCAAAGAAGGAGGAGAGGGAUAGGAAGAAGGCUGCUGAGCGAGCUGCUGCACGUGCUCAACGUGUCAACAAAUUAGUGGAGAACUUGGAACGUAAACUCAGCAUAUUCACGGAGUCUGCUACCGGGGUAGAUGACCAAGACGUCACACGGAGUUGGAAGACGAUAUGCGAAAUCGAGGCGGAGGACCUAUCGCACGAAUCGUACGGGACAGAUCUUCUGCAGGCAAUAGGUUUUGUGUACGUUUCCAAAGCGAAGCAUCAUCUUGCUACAAAUCAAACGUUCCUCGGAGUUGGUGGAUGGCUACAUAAUGUCCAAGGAAAAUAUCAUGUCUUCAGCGAAACUGUUUCCACACUUCGCUCUGCAAUCGAGCUCAAGACUGUCUUUGACCAGAUACAAGCGGCAGAACGGGCUGGUAACCUUUCACCAGAGGAGAAACAGAAGCUAGAGGAACAGGCUGCGGAGAAGGGAUUACAGGCGUUAUUCAAGGGUGCAAAGCUUGAAAUCGAAUCCGUUUUGCGCGAAACAUGUGAUCGUGUAUUGGAGGAUCCCACAGUUUCGCGCAACAAGGCGCAAUUACGGGUGACAGCACUACAAAUUCUUGGGGAAGCUUAUAUGAGUGUUGCCAAACGAGAGGGUGCUGGCACUCAGAGUCAGAUUCCCGGUCAGCGUCGGACCAGCCAAGGCUCGCCAAGCGCCGCAGCAGGAAAGGGACAAACAUGGGAUGAUAGCGAAUAUGUACGAGUGGACACGAAGAACAGUAGAGCUAGGGAAAAUCGCUAA